GUUUUCUUCCCGUCCAGCAGAGGGCGCUGCGCAGCGGCUUCUGAACGCUGAAAGUUGUGGAACUUCUUCCUGCUGCUGCAGUUUGUUUCAUCAGACACGAGAUUUCUCUACAGCCGCUGAAAGAGUUUCAUCCCCGCGUUCGGGAAGAUGGGAGACCAAGUGACCGACUACACAGCCCGACUCCAACACCAGGAGCGGGAGAUCCAGAGUUUGUCUGCAGAGAUUGAGAGUCUGAAGAACCCACAGAACCUGAGUCCAUUGCCAGGACUGGACGAGCUCCGGGAAGAAAAUGCCAAACUCAAAUAUCGCCUCAACGUCCUGAAGAGGAGUCUGCAGGAGGACCCAUGUGACUGCAGUAAGUCAAUGCUGAACAUCAACCAGCGGCUGCAGGAGGUUUUUGGCGACGCCAUCCGGGUGUCCUUCCCCGAGCUCCACAACCCGCCGCUCGCUGUCACGCCCAACCAGCAGGCUAAAUUUGGAGAUUACCAGUGUAACAGCGCCAUGGCCAUGGCUCAGAUGCUGAAGGCAAAGGGGGCAAAGGUCAGCCCACGAGAAAUCGCUGAGAAAAUUGUUCAAAAUCUUCCCGACAACGAAUUUAUCCAGAAGACAGAGAUCGCCGGUCCAGGGUUCAUCAACGUCCACCUGAAGAAGACGUUUGUGUCCAGAUUGUUGACCAACCUGCUGAUGAACGGCGUCCAGCCACCGCCGCUCGCCUCCAGGAAGAAGGUGGUGGUGGACUUCUCCUCACCGAACAUCGCCAAAGAGAUGCACGUCGGUCACCUGCGCUCCACCAUCAUCGGAGACAGCAUGUCCCGGCUGUUUGAGUUCCUCGGCUACGAUGUCCUCAGGUUGAACCACGUGGGCGACUGGGGAACGCAGUUCGGGAUGCUGAUCGCUCACCUGCAGGAUAAAUUCCCUGACUACCUGACCGUCUCUCCUCCGAUCGGUGACCUCCAGGCCUUCUACAAGGAGUCGAAGAAGCGCUUCGAUGAGGACGAAGACUUUAAGAAACGAGCGUAUCGCUGCGUCGUCCGGCUGCAGAGCAAAGAGCCCGACUUCCUCAGAGCCUGGAACAUGAUCUGUGACGUUUCCAGGAGAGAGUUUCAGAAGGUCUACGACUGCCUGGACAUCAAGCUGGUGGAGCGGGGCGAGUCGUACUACCAGGACCGCAUGACCCGGGUGGUGAAGGAGUUCGAGGAUAGAGGUCUGGUGGAGCUGGACGAAGGACGUAAGAUCGUCUUCACUCCAGGUCAGUCCCUCCCUCUCACCGUGGUCAAGUCCGAUGGCGGCUACACUUACGACACAUCAGACUUGGCGGCAGUGCAUCAGCGACUCUUCGAGGAGAACGCCGACAUCAUCAUCUACGUGACGGACAGCGGGCAGGGCCCACACUUCCAGCUGGUGUUCGCUGCUGCUCAAAUGAUCGGGUGGUACGACCCCAAGGUGACCCGGGUGGAGCACGCUGGCUUCGGCGUGGUGCUGGGGGAGGACAAGAAGAAGUUCAAGACUCGAUCUGGAGACACGGUGAGGCUGAUGGACCUGCUGGAGGAGGGCCUGAAGAGGUCCAUGGACAAGCUGAAGGAAAAGGAGCGGGACAAGGUUCUGACUCCAGACGAGCUCCUGAAGGCUCAGCGCGCCGUCGCCUUCGGCUGCAUCAAGUACGCCGACCUGUCCCACAAUCGCAUCAACGACUACGUCUUCUCCUUCGACAAGAUGCUGGACGACCGAGGAAACACGGCGGCGUACCUGCUCUACGCCUUCACCCGCAUCAGGUCCAUCGCUCGCCUGGCCAACAUCGAUGAGUCCACGCUGAGGAGAGCAGCAGAGACCACGGAGAUCGUUCUGGACCACGAGAAGGAGUGGAAGCUGGGGAAAUGUAUCCUGCGCUUCCCAGAGAUCCUGCAGAAGAUCUUGGAAGACCUGCUGCUCCACACGCUGUGUGACUACCUGUACGAGCUCGCCACCACCUUCACCGAGUUCUACGACAGCUGCUACUGCGUGGAGAAGGACCGGCAGACAGGUGAGGUGCUGAAGAUCAACAUGUGGAGGAUGCUGCUUUGUGAAGCCACAGCCACCAUCAUGGCCAAAUGCUUCGACAUCCUGGGCAUCAACCCGGUCCAGAGGAUGUGAUCCACACUGCCUCCACCCAAAACUCUCCAGAAGUCAUUUUUCUCUUCUAAAUCAAAUUAAACCAAAACUUUGAGGAGAAAGUGUGAAGUCUGCUCGUUAGACGCGCCUCUGUGAAGGAUCUUUUUUGAAUAAAGAGCUGUUAUGAAACUUAAA